AUGGCGUUGUCAGACGUUGCGAGUACUUCGAAUAUCAGUGAGAGUCCAGACGAACCAUCAUGGCAACCCAACAUGUCCCAGGAGGCAGCGCUCAUGCCAGACAAUAAUGCGUCGAUAAACGUGGACUGGAGACAUACCGCAGCGGUACAGAAGCUAGUGAUGUGGCCGUCGGUCAAACUACUACUCCACCCACAUGAAUACGACCACCAUUACCUGAUGAGAUUGGAAAGACAGCGGAAUACCACCUACGCAAGUGAUCUCAGAGAUAUCAUCUCUCCGGCAGAUAGCACCAUACUAUCAUUGGCAAGCUCAGCUCAUGAUGGCGCCGACGGCGGGAGCAAAUCUACAAAAUUCCAUGUGGAGGCUUCAAUCACAGAUUCAUGUGCGGAAAUCGAUCAAUCUGGUGCGCUUAGAUUGGGUGAGAAGGCCUCUUGGCGGUACUAUCAGAGUUAUCUCGAUCACAUGCACGGACUCCAUCCUUUCCUAGGCGAACAGCUGGACAGAACGGUAGAGGCCUUUAUCAAAUGUUAUUCUCCACAAAAGUCGACGUUGACGACUGAGGCCAACUGUUGCCAUGCCAGUGAGCGAUCUCCUGGAGGUCCCCUCGACGUACCUUCGUCACCUGGGCACCUUGUUGAGGUAGACAUCGACAAUGCAAUCAUUCUGCUCAUAUUUGCAGUUGGAGCUAUUUGCGAGAACAAUUCUUCAACUCCCAGUCCGGUCUUGAAGCAGAGGGUAGACUGUUCCCUUCCACGCUUGUCUGGCGCCGUACGCUCGGCCACGCUAGGAGGCAGCACGCAGGCUGUCAAUGUCGUCUUCACUCCUGCUCCCUUGCACUGUGUACAUCAGAUGGCUGCAUUUUCCAACAAACCGCAGCACACUCCCAGCAAGCCAUUCUCAUUCUUAGCCAGUAAUCCUAAUAUUGGGGGAAUCGAGUAUAGAGGACCGACCCAUACCGGUCGCGAUGAAUGUGGAAAUGUUGUGAACCAGCCAGUUGUUCCCGGCCUGGCUCUGUAUCGCUUCGCUAUCGCAACGAUUGACUUUUUUGGGGGCGCUUCCAGUAUAGAAUAUGUCCAUGCGUGCUUGCUGGCUGGCCUUUAUGCCGGUCAACUGGCAGAUCCUUUCCAGAGUCAUGCGUGGAUUAGUGAGGCAACCCGAGCGUGCCAGCUGCUUGUUCCAAGAUCACCAUUUGCGGAUAUGAAGGACCACACGGAAGAGUCCGUCAUCCUUGCGUACUGGAAUUGCCUACACCUGGAAAGUGAUCUGCUGGCGGAGCUAGACGUCCCCACAAGUGGUAUGGCUCUAUAUGAGCAUGGGGUACCAUCACCGGGAAGAAUAUUCACGGAUGCUCAUUUUGACCUCUUGCGAAAGACGACAUGGAUGGCGUACGGUGACUCCGACAUCCACCUCCAAAAGAUCCGUAAUUGUAUGCAUACAGAACUGUACAAGAUCAAAAGGGGAGGUCAACCAAGCUGCUCACCCUCCGUGCAAAAUGCCCAGAGCCUCAACCUUGAAUUCUGGCGCCAUAUGCUUCCUAUACCACUGCAAUGGAAAGAUACUGACGAGCCUGCUAAGGAUAUCAACAUCGUUUGUAUGCGCGCUAUCUACUACCGUACAAAAUAUAUACUCCAUCUGCCUUUGCUGUACUACGCCAUACACUACGGACAGCCUAGUGCAUGGGAUGAAUAUGAUGCAGCCACUUCUGAGGGGCAGUCUUGCCGUGACCAUGCUCGUUUGAAGCACAUGCUCAGUGCCAUGGUGUCUGAUACCAGCAAAAAGACCUCGACUUCCCCUCAAAAUUGGAGCCCACCCACCUUCGACUGGAAGGACUUACCACUAAUGAUGCGGCUUGCAUGCAGGACCUGCGUGGAGUGUGCAAUUCAGGGCCUCACAGUGUAUGAUGGCAUUGAGGACUGCCUCGUGAUACCAAACAUUUUUGGGACAGCUCAAGAGCAAUUCGGCUACAUGCUCGUCCUUUCUGCGACUUAUAAUUCAAGUAUCCGCGAGCUUGUCCAUCGUUCCACCCUUGACCGCCUGUUCAAACGCACGAUCCGCUUUCUCCUGCGCACCGAGAACAACUCGCCAACCCUGCGCGCUGAUAUUCGCAUCCUUCAAGAGGUCUACUCAAAGCUUCUUGGGUAUGCCUGGGUAUCUACAGACGCAUGA